AGUCUAAACUCUAGUUUUAUGUUAAGUGUCGAGCAGUUAACGUUUUCUGGUUUUAUAGAUUUCUUGCUUAAAGUCAAAGCAAGCGUCGAACAAAGAACACGUUAAUACGCUUAUUACCUAAGUUUCACGUGAAUCCGGUUUUUUUUGCCGUGAAUAAAUUAUUGCAUCAAAAGUUAUUGAGUUUUUUAAGCGUACCAAAAUGUUAAAUUAUUUUCUUCUAUUUGUUUGUAUUGGUACGGUGUUAGCUCAAGAACCUAGUUUAGAUGAUGCACUUGCAUCCUUACCCCCAGAACUUCAAGGCAAAGUUGAUGAGAACCAGAUAAAUGAAUUAAAAAAUAAAUCAGUACAACUAUUCCAGAAGAAAUGUGAUGAGAAUGGAGGUUUGGAUGCUUUUCCAAAGGCAGAGAACGCGUUCCAAGUUUUCAAAGAUUGCAUCCAAGAUCUGGUAAAUCCAGAAGUUUUGCAGAAGGAAAUCAAAGACGCCACGCCGACAGGUCAAGUCGACGAAGUGUUCAAGAAGUACUGCUACAAGAAACCAGAUUUCAAAGGCUGCUUCCAGAACAUGACUGAGACGAUAAAGCCUUGUUUCUCAGUUGAAGAACAAAAGAAUCUCAAAACUAUAUACAACAUCUCGGAACAAUUGGCGGAGUUUAUAUGUUUCAAGGACGGUGAUAGAAUCGCAUUGUUCAUCUCAGAAAAUGGUCCGGAAUGUAUAACUGAGAAACAGGAAGCGAUCGAGGAGUGCUUCAACAAGACGCUAGGCGCUGACUUGAAAAUACACCAAGAAAACUUCUCCAUAGACAACCUUCCCAAGAUACAGUUUACGGACAAAGAGUGCGGCCAAUUCGCUGAUCUUCAAAAGUGCGUGGUGUCGUCCUUGGAGUCGUGUGAGGCGCCAACGUCUGCCAACAUCAUGGAAUCGCUGUUCAAGUUCGCUAGAAAAGCAACCCCAUGCAAGGAAUUACCGGAAAACGACAGCACGGCUAGAGGUCAAAAAGGAGAAAAGGGCUUCAAUUCAGCGAACACGUUAACUGUGAGAUCCUUUGCCAUGGUUGCAAUACUAUUCUCUUUAAUCAUAUAAGUCUUUCCAACACAUAACCCUGGUACGAUUUCAUAUUUGUUUAUAUAUUUUUCAAGAAUUUUGCCAUGAUUCAUUAACUUUUAAUUGAUUAAAAAAAAAAUUCACGAAAAAUAUUUAAGACAUUCCUUUUUUAAAAUUUUAGAACGCCUCAUUGGUUUAAAACAAAAACGGGCAAAAUUCACCUACGUAGUAGUUCUAAAUAACAAUUAGCUGGUAUUGUAGUGUAUGAUUCCAAAACAAAUUACCAAAUAAAUUCACCUUAUAUAGAUAAAUAUAUGUAAAGCCAAUAAAUAAUUAGCCAAAACAUUUGCUUCCAUCCGUACUGAAAGUGCUAUAUUUACAGGCCAUAUAGGUGUUAUUUUUGUAUAGAUUUAUUGUAAGCUUAAACUAAUUUAUGACUGGCUUCAUGGUACUAUUAGGAUUAGCAGAUUUAUAUAACAGGUCACAUAUUCAGCUUGUUGUUCUUAGUGCCAAUGUUUAAUAGUAAUAAAUUUUAUAAUACCCUAGUUAUUUAUAUAGAUUUAUCUAUUGGAGCCAGUUAACUGUACAACGACAUAUCCCUUUGAUUUUAAAUCAUAGCUAGUAAGUCUACAUUCCAUAUAAAAAAAUUACAGGCUGUUGUAUUUUUUUUUAAAUAUAUUUUUUUUAUAUUUUUAUAGAUCUUUGUUAGUCUAUUGUAGAGCGUGUAGUGCUUAGUGGUUUUCAUUUGGUAUUUGUGACGAUAUUGCUUUAUAAAUUAUUAAAAUGGUGGUUCAGAAUUAUAA